CCCGGCCGAGGUGCCAACUUCACACCUGUCCGGCAUAAAGCGCUGCCCGCGCGGCCCGACCCUCACAAGCGCCCCAGCCAUGGCCCGCAGCACCCGCGCCGGCUGCCCCUCUCCGGACCUCGGCCCCGCUUUCCAUCGGCCCUCCUGCUGCCUAUGCCCGGCCGAGGACGGCCCAGGCUCCAGCAGCGCCUCGCCGGCCUCCUCCCCGGACUCCUGCGGCUCCUUGCCGGCCUCCCGGGCUUGGCGGGCGGGCGGGCGGGCGCGGCUGGGCGGCGGGCAGCGGCAGAGCGCCAGCCAGCGGGAGAAGCUCCGCAUGCGGCGCUUGGCCCAGGCCCUGCACGCGCUGCGCCGCUACCUGCCCGCCUCGGUGGCGCCGGCCGGGCAGAGCCUGACCAAGAUCGAGACGCUGCGCCUCGCCAUCCGCUACAUCGGCCACCUCUCCCAGCUGCUCGGCCAGGAAAGCCGCCCGCCCGCCCCGCCGGAGCCCGAGUGGUGGCGCAGCGCUCCCGCCUCCAGCUGCGAACAAGGCGGCCGAGCCGACCCCGCGCUCCUCCCGGCGGAGCUGCCCGCUGCGCCUCCGUCGCCCGCCUGUCAGAGUCUCCCUGACGAGCUGCUCUCCUUCCUGGAGGACUUCUUCCCGCUGGCGGCUCCCGGCCGGGACUGAGCGCCCUCGCCGCGCCUCGCAGGACCAAACCCCGCGGCCGCCGGCCGGCCCCAUCGGCAGCAGCAGCAGAGCACCGCGCGCCCGCCG